AUGAGCCAGCUGAAACCUCUGAACCACCACCAAAAUCGCCAACAACAAAAACAACAACUGAAACUGACAUCCAGCCACCUCAGCAGCCAUCUGAGCAGGGAUCAUGAUGGUGUCGCUGAUACCACUGAGCCAACCGGGCCAGAUCAUGAUGGUGUCGCUGAUACCGCUGGGCUAACCGGGCCAGAUCAUGAUGGUGUGGCUGAUACCGCUGAGCUAACCGGGCCAGAACAAGAUGGUGUCGCUGAUACCACUGUGCUAACCGGACCAGAUCAUGAUGGUGUCGCUGAUACCUCUGAGCUAACCGGGCCAGAUCAUGAUGGCGUCGCUGAUACCACUGUGCUAACCGGGCCAGAUCAUGAUGGAGUCGCUGAUACCGCUGAGCCAACCGGGCCAGAUCAUGAUGGUGUCGCUGAUACCACUGUGCUAACCGGGCCAGAUCAUGAUGGUGUCGCUGAUACCGCUGAGCUAACCGGACCCAAACCAACCAAGCAAAGGCAGACCAAAUAA